UGGACCCUAUCUCUUGAGAAGUGUAAAGACAGGUGGCGUAGUUUUAGUCUGAAUCUGUAAAAAUUACUUUGUAUUCUCGUUGCAGACACAGAUUCUUUUCCGACAAAUCAUGGGAGAGAUCGAGAAGAAGAAACCACCUUCUAUGUCUGAACCAGAAAGAUCCACACCGAUUAAGACUACAAGAAGACAGUAUCGUUUCUGCAAGUCAUGUGGUGAAGGAAGUAGUUGCAGGACAGUGAGGUCAAGAACGAAGCUUAUGAACGUUUUGAUUGAACGAGGAAGGCCUCACGAGGCUCAAACCGUUUUCAAAACAUUGGCAGAGACAGGACACAGACCGUCUUUGAUCAGUUACACAACUCUUCUAGCUGCUAUGACGGUUCAGAAGCAGUAUGGUUCCAUAAGCUCUAUAGUCUCGGAGGUGGAAGAGAGCGAGACGAAACCUGACUCUAUCUUCUUCAAUGCUGUUAUUAAUGCCUUUUCGGAGUCUGGUAACAUGGAAGACGCGGUGCAGGCUCUGUUUAAAAUGAAAGAGCUUGGUUUAAACCCGACCACUAGCACUUACAACACUUUGAUCAAAGGGUAUGGGAUUUCAGACAAGCCUGAGAGAUCAUCUGAGUUGCUUGAUCUUAUGUUGGAGGAGAACAAUGUUGAUGUUAGACCUAAUAUAAGGACGUUCAAUGUGUUGGUGCAAGCGUGGUGCAAGAAGAAGAAGGUGGAGGAGGCGUGGGAAGUUGUGCAUAAGAUGGAAGAGUGUGGAGUUAGGGCGGACACGGUGACGUAUAACACGAUUGCUACUUGUUAUGUGCAGAGAGGAGAGACUGUGAGAGCUGAGAGUGAGGUGGUUGAGAAGAUGGUUAUGAAGGAGGAGGCUAAACCGAACGGAAGAACAUGUGGGAUUGUGGUUGGAGGGUACUGUAGAGAAGGGAGAGUGAGAGAUGGUUUGAGGUUUGUGCGGAGAAUGAAGGAAAUGAGAGUUGAAGCAAACCUUGUGGUCUUUAAUUCUUUGAUCAAAGGCUUCGUUGAGGUCAUGGACCGUGAUGGCAUUGAUGAGGUUCUUACCUUGAUGAAGGAGUGUAAGGUGAAGGCAGAUGUAAUCACAUACAGUACUGUGAUGAACGCUUGGAGCUCAGCUGGAUACAUGGGGAAAGCUGCACAAGUGUUUGAAGAGAUGGUUAAAGCAGGAGUCAAACCAGACGCUCACGCUUACAGCAUUUUAGCCAAAGGUUACGUUAGAGCAAAAGAGCCAAAGAAAGCUGAGGAACUUCUUGAGACUUUGAUAGUUGAAACAAGGCCAAACGUUGUGAUCUUCACCACGGUGAUCAGCGGGUGGUGUAGCAGCGGAAGUAUGGAUGAUGCAAUGAGGGUCUUCAACAAGAUGUGCAAGUUCGGUGUCUUGCCAAAUAUAAAGACAUUUGAGACAUUGAUGUGGGGUUACCUAGAGGUGAAACAACCAUGGAAAGCAGAAGAGGUUUUGCAGAUGAUGAGAGGAUUUGGUGUGAAGCCUGAGAAUUCCACCUUUGUGCUGUUAGCAGAAGCUUGGCGUGUCGCAGGACUCACUGAUGAGUCGAACAAAGCAAUCAAUGCAUUGAAAUGUAAGGACAUAGAGAUCGCAAAGUUAGAGAAGCUGUACCAGAAACAGUCAUCUAGUAGCUUUAAUCUACUGCAGAUUCCAGUCGGUAAACGAGAGCUUCCAACUGCAAAAGCUAUGAAUCUUUCUGCUUGUAAACUUGGUGCUCGAGUGCCAAUCAUAUGCCAGAAGCAGUCCCAAGCGCAGUUUGGGAUCAGUGGGCAAUUUGUACAUUCUUGUACAGUGUUCUUGAACUAAAAAACGACAAAACCGGCUUCAGCUGAACUGAAGCCAGAGAUUUGGUUUUCCAUUACCCUUCUGUUGAAAUUUCAGAGUCAAUACUUUGAGAACUCACUAUAUGUACAUUACAGCAGAAUGGUCUUGUAUAAAAGAAAUGGCAUUAUUGUACA